AUGAAUUCCAUUCGUAUCAUUCACAAAUUUUUACCAAAAAUUUACUGUGUACGAAAAUCAUCAUCGACGAUCACAAUUCCUGCUCUAGUCGAUUCUUAUCCCAUUGAAGCUACUUUCUUCGAAGCGACAUUACCAUCUUCUGUGUCAAGCCCAAUUUGUGUUGUUAUAUCCGGAGCAACCGGUAGUCGACGUCAAUUUUACCAUCCUUUUGCAAAAUAUCUGAAUGAACAACAUCAUUUCCACGUCGUUACUUACGAUUACCGUGGAACACACGAACGAAAAUCAACUCCAUGGACUCUUCUCGAACAUUGGGCAUGGCGUGAUUGUGCUGGUGUGCUAUCGUAUUUCUCCCAAAAAUAUCCUCAGGUGGUUCAUGUUGGCCAUAGCUUAGGAGGAAACAUGCAUGCACUCUUACCAGCAGCAAUCAAUGAACAAGUUUCACGAAUACUUCUGAUAUCAUCUGCAAAUUCGUAUUUAAUGUACCAUAAAUGGAAUCUUGCGUUUCUUCAUACAUGUUUGGCACUUCUCGUGUUACGUGAACCAUUGCUAUGGGCGUAUGGAUACUAUCCGAUGCGUAGUUUUUUUCGAACUGGUGUUGAUCUACCAUCGGAUAUUAUUCGUCAAUGGGCUCGUUGGAGUUUACAUCGUGAAUGCUUCGUUGAUGAUAACGGACAAUUGAUGACAGCGGGUUUUAAUUCAGUUAAAUGUCCAGUUUUAGCUUUAAAUUUUGUUGAUGAUGAAUUUUAUACACAACAAGCAUUUGAUAUCUUUACCAAACAAUUUCAUCGGUCAACUCAUGUUCAAACUUGGCAUUUACCCAAAGGUGGUCAUUUUCAUUUCUUUAAAGAGAAUCAAUCGCUCGAGCUGUGGAAAGAAAGUGUACGAUUUUUGAAAACAGGUGACACUACUCCGCCUACCCUAUCGAAAUAA